CAUCACAGCCACCACUCCCAACCUCAUUUCUCCCUCAGCAAUGGGACCCCGUCCUGGAAAGCAUAUGAUCUCGAGAUCUCUAGUCUCGUCUACAGCUCACCAUCCCCGCAAUGCAACCAUUCGGCCGCCGAUGGGCCGCCAAUUCUCUCCGGCGCAUCCGCACUACUUGUAAUGGUCUCCCCCCACCACAACCUUUCUGUCCCAUUCUAGCCAAGAAGGUCUCUCAAUUACCCCAAAAUAGAACGCUCUUUUUACGCAGCAGAGCUUUCCAACAAGAAGUAGAGUCUGGGAAUGCUACUCCACCAAGAGUCCAACCAAAAGACUACUCCAAAGAUGCAUCGCGUCCGCAAAACAAAAAGAACAAACGGGCUCCAGCGGGAAAAAACUCGCUACGUCGGGUCGCAGUCGAGGCACAACGUUCAAGAGAAUCCACCCAGAAGAAGGAGAAGUCCUUACCUGAGGAAGGGAGCAAUAGUGUGACGGCGAUGGCCGUCGCAGACAAAUUCGAUAUGGAAGAAGUGGUUCGAAUUUUGCGCACCCAUGGCUUUCCCAUCGAUCCUGAUGGAACCGGCUUUGAUUCUGACGAGGUCAUACAUACGCGAGGCGUAAAUAAUGGAGACAUUUUUGUGUUCCCCUCCGGAUCAUUGGUGGCAUGGUCAUUACCGGAGGAUGUGGUGUUUGAUCUGGCAACAAAGACCCUUCUCCCCGCUGCUGAAAGCCCGCAUAUCGAUCAGGUUGAAAUGGAACAUCUGGAGUAUACGGAAGAUAAUACAAGAGAUACUAGUGGUAUCAAAGGGGACGUCAUAACCCUGGGAAUAGGGAAAGAAGGCUCACAGGCUGAAAGGUAAACAAACCUGCCUUACAGCUUUUUGCCAGACUCUACUGUAUUAACAUUUUUCGAAAAUAGCGUCGACACCACUUUCGCAAAAAUCGCGUUUUCCUCUGGCCUCGCCAGAUCAACCAAGCUUGCCGUACUAGAAACAAUGCUGGGGAAAUACUUUGAAUCGACGAGAAAAAUACCAAAAUUGCUUUCCAAAGGACGACUGCCAUUUAAUCGAAAGUUUACAAUUAAGAAAACUGGCGAAUUGCUGGAGUUGAGAGCACAAUUGAAUCAUUACUCGGAACUGACUGAUUCUUUGCCAGACAUUUUCUGGGAUAGCAGACACGAGUUAGGUUUGGAAGGAUACUACGAUCAAGUUGGAAAAGCUCUUGAUGUAGGAAUACGAAUCAAAACGCUGAAUGAAAAGAUGGAUUAUGCGCAGGAAAUUGCAAGCAUUCUCCGAACGACCAUGAGCGAGAAACACGGCGUUCAUUUGGAGUGGAUUAUUAUCAUAUUGAUCGCUAUCGAAGUGUAUUUCGCCCUCUCAAGGGAAUGGAAGGAAUAUAAGGAAAGAGCCGCGGAGGCGCUGGAAAAGCGGGAAUGAACUUUGGCUAGCGGAGCCACUGCUCGCUCGGUGCUGGCAGUAAGAACCACCCUCUCCGCUCUGAUAUGUGAAGAUCUGUGGGACUAAUUAGGAAGAUAUGCCCGAAUUGUCGAUGUAAUGUAAUAAUCUCCUCUCAUGCAGUGUAUUUGGAAAGCUCAUUUAUCUUCCGGAUUGCAGCCGGCUUCGGGGAAUGAUACUGUUGUGGCUCUCCAAAAUCUACCUUGAAGCCCGACUGGAU